UUUAGUUUGUUACAGAACACUGAGUUCCCUGUGCUAUACAGCAGGCAGGACAGGGUUUUUCAGGAUACCCUCAGCAUAGUGCUACCCUCAUUCACCUGUGUUGAGACCGCCUGACAUCUCUCUUUCUCCUUUGCUCCUGACUCAACACAGGGAACGUCACAGUUUUCACUGUCAAGGUUUCAUGCUUCUGGCAAAUGGCCAAAAAUAAGAUAGAGAUGAGCUCCCAGUAGCUAAGCUGAUAUCUGGUAUCUGUGUUUUGUUUUGGGGUGGGGGGAGAGAGUAUGUUGGGUUAAAUGCAAUCUGUCUUAAUAUGCCUUUAAAGUUGUGUUCUUAGAUGAAAGUAUUUUAUUCAGAGAAAAGUAAAGUUCAUUUCAUCUCCAAUGUCAGGGACAGUUAUUUAAAGAAACAUGUGGCUAACUAUUGUGUUUGACAAGACGUUAUAGGGACAGGUUGGAUGUUUUCUGCCCCACACCAGAAGCAUUAUGUAUCUCCAAGAUAUUUUGCUAUUAGCAAGAAAUGGCUUUAGAUAUCAUAAUCUUGGUAUUUUAGAUGGUUGUUACCAAAGACUUUAAAAAGUUGAAGUAUAGUUGAUUUACCAUGCUGUGCUAAUCACUGCUGUACUGCAAAUAUAUAUAUAUAUUUAUUUUUUCCAUUAUGAUUUAUCAUAGGAUACUGAAUAUAGUUCUCUUUGCUAUACAGUAGGACCUUGUUCAUCCAUUCAAAAGCUUACAUUUGCUAACCAUAGACUUGUUCAAUGUCUAGACAGACUCAGCAGGGGAGGAAGGGGGAAACAUGUCUUAAAAUUAUGUACUAUUAAUACAUGCCUUAUUUCUUCAAAAAUGUGUAGGAUUUUGAGUUUUCAUUUAAAAUAUUUGUAUAUUUUUUUGCCUUAUGAUGAAAGUCUUAUUUGCCAAUUAAUACACUUUGCAUAUGUUGCUAAUAAUUAAUGCCAAAUAACAGAAAAUGUGAGUAUGGACAAAUGUUUCAUAUAUCUUAUAGAUACUUUUAUUUUCAUAUAUGCCUCUGUGUAACUUGUGAUGUUUUUUACAAGUACACAUAGAACAUAAUGCUGAUGGACAACCAGGGAAAUUUUUUUAUUUGAAUCUUGAUAUCUAAUUUUGAUUAAAAUUUUUCAACAAUUAUGUGACAUAUUUAGAUGUGUAAAACUCCUUCAUGAAGCCUAGUUUAUCCUUCUAUCCUGUGAAAUCUUUGCCUCGAUUUGUAUUCCUCUACUUUCUUAAAAAGAAAAAAUUGGAAACAUGCAUGUGUUUUAUAUCUUACAUUUUUCUUCUCAGAGUGUAUUGUGGGGGAAGAUCUGUAUCAGUGCACAGAUAACUCCGUCACACAUCUCUGCAGCCUCAGAGCUUCCCGUUGUGCGUUUGGCCACUUCCACUCAUACAGCAGAUGACUUCAUGGUCGUAGUCUUCAUUUCCAUUGCCUUUGCACACAUGAGCAAAAAUUCUAAGUGCCCACUUCAGUUUGGUUCAGUUCAGUCGCUCAGUCGUGUCCGGCUCUUUGCGACCCCAUGAAUAGCAGCACGCUAGGCCUCCCUGUCCAUCACCAACUCCCGGAGAUCACUCAGAUUCACGUCCAUCGAGUGCCCACUUAACGUGAGAUUAUAUUAGAUGCAGGCUUAAUAUUGAAAAUUGAGGGACAUGGUGAUUAUGAUACACUUCUUUUCAUCCUUUUCACUCUUCAUUCCUCUAACUUCAGUAAAACGAGUGCCCUCUAGGCACUGAUGUGAUGUUUUCUGCCAGCUUGGAAAUGGGGACUAUAUUCCUCAUUCAGACAGGAAUUGGCCUCAUGGGAAAUAUCUCCCUCUUUUGUCUUUAUAACUUCACUUUGCUCACUGGACAUAAUUUGAGGCCCAUCGACCCAAUCCUCAUGCAACUGGUCAUCGCCAAUGCCACAGUUCUUUUCUCUAAAGGCAUACCACAGACACUGGCAGCUUUCGGGUGGAGGUAUUUCCUGGAUGACACUGGAUGUAAACUUGUCUUCUAUAUCCACAGAGUAGCCACGGGAGUUUCCUUUAGCACCAUCUGCCUCUUCAAUGGCUUCCAGGUUAUUAAGCUCAAGCCCAGUAUCUGGAGGUGGAUGGAACUCCGGAUGAGAGCUCUACGAUUCAUUGCCUUCUGCUGUUUCCUCUGCUGGAUUGUGCAUAUCUUGAUAAGUUCAUGUAUUCUUAUCAUAGUAAAGGGUCCACUGAAUGAGAAGAACUUCAGUACGAGAAAUAAUUAUGGAUACUGUUCUUGGUACAUGAUACAGGGCUCUGUAGGCUCAUUAUACACAGUCAUGUAUUUCUCCCUUGAUAUUAUGAGUUUAGGCUUUAUGGUUUGGGCCAGUAGCACUAUAGUUCUUUUCCUGUGCAGACACAAGCAGCGAGUCCAACACAUUUGCAGCAACCGACUCUCCCCCAGACCUCCUCGUGAGGUCAGAGCCACACGCACUGUCCUGUUCCUGGUAAGCUCCUUUGUUACAUUCUAUACAAUCUACAUUGCUUUGACAAUUUGGAUGACUCUAGUUGCAAACCGAGGGCAGUGGAUGGUGAACAUCUCUGUCCUUUUGGCCACAUGUUUUCCAGCAUUCAGCCCCUUUGUGCUCAUUAUCAAGGACACUCGUAUCUCUCAGUUCUGCUUUGCCUGUAGGGCAAGGAAAACACUGUUUGCUAAUGUGAUUGUCGUUCUAUGAGUCUGUUCUCAGUGGCAUUCAAAUAUUUAUCUCAACUGCUGCUACUGUUGCUAAGUCACUUCAGUCGUGUCCGACUCUGUGAGACCCCAUAGAU